AUGGAUAUGCACUGCAAAGCAGACCCCUUCUCCGCGAUGCACCCAGGGCACGGGGGUGUGAACCAGCUCGGGGGGGUGUUUGUGAACGGCCGGCCCCUACCCGACGUGGUGAGGCAGCGCAUCGUGGAGCUGGCCCACCAGGGUGUGCGGCCCUGUGACAUCUCUCGGCAGCUGCGGGUCAGCCACGGCUGUGUCAGCAAAAUCCUGGGCAGGUAUUACGAAACCGGCAGCAUCAAGCCCGGAGUGAUCGGCGGCUCCAAGCCCAAAGUGGCAACGCCCAAAGUGGUGGACAAGAUUGCUGAGUACAAACGACAGAACCCGACUAUGUUCGCCUGGGAGAUUCGCGACAGGCUCUUGGCCGAGGGCAUCUGCGACAACGACACGGUGCCUAGCGUCUCUUCCAUCAACAGGAUCAUCCGGACCAAAGUUCAGCAGCCUUUCCACCCAACACCAGAUGGGGCUGGGACAGGAGUGACUGCCCCCGGCCACACCAUCGUUCCCAGCACAGCCUCCCCCCCUGUGUCCAGCGCCUCCAAUGACCCAGUGGGAUCCUACUCCAUCAAUGGGAUCCUGGGGAUUCCUCGCUCCAACGGUGAGAAGAGGAAACGUGAUGAAGAUGUGUCCGAGGGCUCAGUCCCCAAUGGAGACUCCCAGAGUGGCGUGGACAGUUUGCGGAAGCACUUGCGAGCUGAUACCUUCACUCAGCAGCAGCUGGAAGCUUUGGAUCGGGUUUUUGAGCGUCCUUCUUACCCUGACGUCUUUCAGGCAUCAGAGCACAUCAAAUCAGAACAGGGGAACGAGUACUCCCUCCCAGCCCUGACCCCUGGGCUUGAUGAAGUCAAGUCAAGUCUAUCUGCAUCCACCAACCCCGAGCUGGGCAGCAACGUGUCAGGCACACAGACAUACCCUGUUGUGACCGGUCGUGACAUGGCGAGCACCACUCUGCCUGGUUACCCCCCUCACGUGCCCCCCACUGGCCAGGGAAGCUACCCCACCUCCACCCUGGCAGGAAUGGUGCCUGGAAGCGAGUUCUCCGGCAACCCGUACAGCCACCCCCAGUACACCGCCUACAACGAGGCUUGGAGAUUCAGCAACCCCGCCUUACUAAGUUCCCCUUAUUAUUAUAGUGCCGCCCCCCGGGGCUCCGCCCCUGCCGCUGCUGCCGCUGCCUAUGACCGCCACUAGUUACCGCGGGGACCACAUCAAGCUUCAGGCCGACAGCUUCGGCCUCCACAUCGUCCCCGUCUGACCGCCCACCCCGGAGGGAGGGAGGACCGACGCGACGCGAUGCCUCCUGGCCACCGCCCCAGCCCCACACUCAUCCCAGGACCCCCGCAGCCCUUCACGUCACCCCGUCAAAGCCCCGACAGGACGGGUGGAGCCGCGGGCGGGACCCU